UCCAUUCUCUUGAUCUCCGUCUAUCAACUCGCCUCGCCUCGUCUUGUCCUCAGCGUCCCUCUGCCAUUUCCGACCUCGUCUCAGCUGUUGUUCCUGGAGCGGAGGCCCUAGCUUGGCUUCGAUCCCUGUUUCGGAGAUUGAUGCCACUUGGAGAAGCAUCGGGCCUUAGCGGGUCGCGAGGAUCGCCUUGGCAGCGGCGGCGGAAACCCUAGCAUCGGAUCACCCACGAGGCUCUCUCUGCAUGGUCUCCGGCCAGGAUCCGGUGGAGGCUAUCCUCCAUGCCUUCAGGGAUGCCCUCUCCCCGCUGGAGUCUGGGUUCCUUCGCGCCGCCAAGGAUCUGGAGUCCCAUUGGCUGAACUCGACGGACAGAUCCAAUAAUGUGGAGUCUCCGAAGAGAUGCCAUGGAUCGAUGAAGAGGAAGUCGGGCCAUGAUGUGGUGGCUACGGUUGUGACUUCCGAGGAGCGGAAAAGAAGCCCAAUUCAGGGCCUUCUCGGUGCUUUGUUUCCAAACGCUUCCCGCGGGGGCAGCGUCCGUGGCCGGGGAGGGAAUUCAUCCAAGACAGGUAGAGACGAAGAGGAAAAGAAUGGAUCUUGUGUGGAUUGCUCGCCCUUUGCGGUCACUUGGUCGAUCAUGCUCAACAGCUUCGUGCAGGCAUUUCCAAGGCCACUUAAAUCAUUUAGGAAAUGCUUUGGGGACCAAUGCCAUGACGAUGACUUCGUCUCUGAGCCUUGGCAUGGGAAACCUUCCGAGAGAGCUCCAUACAAGAUUGUGUUCUGGGACAAAUCCAAGAAAACGUCUUCGGCUGACAGAGAAAUGUUGCCUCUCGAAUUGAUUCUUUGCAUCGCAUCGGAAAGUUUGGUUCAGAAUCUUCAAAUGUUGAAUUUGCCUUGCCAGGGCAGCAGCCCUCAGAAAUUGAAUCAGCCAGUGGCUUCCAAGUCUUCCGGGGCUCCACAAUUUGAGCACUUGAAGAUGAUCAACGGGUUAAUUAAUGGAAAGAAGGCAGAUUUUGAUGGAUUCCUUUCGAAUCUGAGUUUUGCAAGGGUUGGAGGGGCACCAGCUAACUUCGUGGAGGACGAGAAUCAUGCCAACAGUGGUGAUAAGGAAGACACUGCCAGUAGCUCCCCGCAGAAUAUUGCCAGUGGAUUAUUGAACAUUCCAUUGUCAAAUGUUGAGCGUUUAAAAUCAACACUUUCCACUGUUUCUUUGACCGAGUUGAUUGAGUUCAUCCCCCAGCUGGGGAGGUCUGCAACUGACUAUCCUGACAAGAAGAAAUUGUUCUCAGUUCAGGACUUCUUCCGUUAUGCUGAGGUCGAAGGAAGGCGGUUUUUUGAGGAGUUGGAUAGAGAUGGUGAUGGUCAGCUCAACCUCGAAGACCUUGAAAUUGCAAUGAGAAAGAGAAACUUGCCAAGGAGGUACGCCAAGGAUUUUUUGAGGCGUACAAGAAGCUACUUGUUUUCAAAGUCAAUUGGGUGGAAACAGUUUUUGUCCUUGAUGGAGCAGAAGGAGCCAAAAAUUCUUCGAGCUUACACAACCCUUUGUCUUAGCAAGUCUGGAACACUCCAAAAGAACCAGAUUUUGACAUCACUAAGAAGUGCAGGUCUUCCUGCUAGUGAAGAUAAUGCCAUUGCUAUGAUGCGCUCUCUCAAUGUAGACAGUGAGGGAUCAAUUUCAUAUAGUCAUUUCCGCAACUUCAUGCUGUUGCUUCCUUCAGAAAGGCUUGAAGAUGAUCCUAGGAACAUCUGGUUUGAAGCAGCUACAGUGGUAGCUGUUCCCCCACCAGUAGAGAUAUCCACUGGAAAUGUUCUAAAGUCUGCUUUGGCAGGAGGUCUUGCUUGUGCACUUUCUACUUCUAUAAUGCAUCCUAUUGAUACAAUGAAGACACGUGUACAAGCAUCAACCCUUUCAUUCCCAGAGCUCGUGUCAAAGCUUCCAGAAAUUGGACUUCGUGGAUUAUACAGGGGUUCGAUACCAGCAAUCCUUGGGCAGUUUUCAAGCCAUGGAUUGAGGACUGGUAUCUUUGAAGCAAGCAAGCUUGUGCUAAUAAAUGUUGCACCAACACUCCAAGAGCUUCAGGUGCAAUCUAUGGCAUCCUUUUGCAGCACAAUCUUGGGAACAGCAGUUCGAAUCCCUUGCGAGGUUUUGAAGCAGCGGCUACAAGCAGGCAUCUUUGAUAAUGUAGGAGAGGCAAUUGUAGGUACCUUACAUCAAGAUGGUUUGAAAGGUUUCUUUCGUGGUACUGGUGCCACACUUUGCCGUGAGGUCCCUUUUUAUGUUGCUGGAAUGUGCCUAUAUGCAGAAUCCAAAAAGGUUGCACAGAACCUUCUUAACCGUGACCUGGCACCUUGGGAGACCGUCGCAGUGGGGGCUUUGUCCGGUGGGCUUGCAGCUGUGGUCACCACUCCCUUUGAUGUGAUGAAGACGCGAAUGAUGACGGCACCACAGGGCUUGCCAGUAUCGAUGCAAAUGGUGGCUUUCUCCAUUCUUCGUAAGGAGGGUCCUCUGGGCCUUUUCAAGGGAGCGGUUCCGAGGUUCUUCUGGAUUGCUCCUCUUGGUGCGAUGAAUUUUGCUGGAUACGAGCUAGCGAAGAAGGCAAUGGAUAAGACUGAACAUGUUCCUGAGUGAGCUGUCCGAUUUUGGUUCCCCUGUAAAGCAGCCCUCAUUUGGUAUAUCCUCCCAUGUUAUCUUUGGAUCGAGUUGAAGCUUCUUCUGUAGAAAUCCAUCAUCAGCUCAGAAGCAUGAUGAGCUAGACAAGUUGGAUAGACCGCGCCCCGGCUGUGCAUAUCCGGAUGGUGCUCUUCAGCAACUUUUUUUGUUUUUUGGGUGCUGCAAUCAGGAAUCUUUUGAGAUGGAUACUUGUCGGUGCGUACUUGAUCGUACGUGUAAUAAACGAAAUCCUAUGGAUCGAACUCAAGCAAAAUGUUCAUAGGUCUAAUUUCUUUUAGGUUCAUGCUUAACUACAAUAUCUUAUCGGUGUCAUGAUUUGUAGUUGUUAUUUGAUGGAUGACAGUAAUUAAUCAUGCACGGUGAUAUUUUGGAAAUGA